CGUGAACAUAAUUCACAUCUUGUUUUUAAUAUUAUUGAUAGAGAUUGUCCAAAAAUUAUUGAUACCAUAUCACAAUUUCUUAGCCAAUUAAUAGAAAAAUGUUGGAAUAAAAAUCUACUUCAAAGACCAAAUACAACUAGAAUUGUAAAAUUUCUUAAAAAUAUUUUAAAAAGAAUACAAAGUAAAGAACUUUGUAUACCUAAAGCAAAAAUUUUAUUUCUAUUGAUCGAAGAAAAAUAUUUUAAAUCAAUGUAUG